AUGAGCACCAAUUCUACGAAACGAAAAGGCUCCAGCGGAGAUACCCGAUUAAACACCUCAUCACCAAGUACAUCACCAAACCAACAAAAGAAACGAUCAACCAAACAAACCGAAUCAAGAGGAUCCAAGCGAACUAUUGAUUCAAAGAUCAAACAUGAUGAUGAUCCAAUUCAAACCUUGUUCAACGGAUCUCAACCAACACCAGAAGAAAUUACUAGAGAAAUUCAAAAACUAGAGGAAGUUGUAAAGAGAAGUGAAGAACGUCUUCAUCAACUUGACAAUGAGCCAAACUCCAUUGGUGAUUGCGAUGUUGAAAUGACCGAUUCUGUUCAUUUCACUCCCAAAACCAAAAUACAAGAACUGUACUAUUGUAACAUGAUAUCGGGAAUGAAUGCGGAGGCAAAAUUAGACUUUUUACUACACAAAGAUGAUGAUAAAUUCGAAAAGAAACCUAGGAAUCCAACUGAUUAUGAUUGUUACGAAGUUAAUGAACGAGUGUACACAGAACUUAUACCGGAAUUGACUGCCAUUAUUCAAGAAAGGCUUCACAACAUUGAACGAAAAGCAAGAGAAGAGGGUGCUAAAUUCAAACGUCUAAGAUAUGAAUGGUGGAAGAAAAAUAAGAUAACUAUCGAUGAUGUAAGAAAUGAAAAUAUACGGUUUCAGGACCAACUAGCCAAAAUUCCUCCAAUGCUGAAUGAGGAAGAAAGAAGAAAUGCAUUUGUAUCACGAAAUGGAUAUAUGACCAGCGAGCAAGUUCUAAGAGAAUAUCAAGAGAAGAGAGCUCUUGAGGAGACAUGGACAGAAGAAGAGAAGAAAAUUUUUGCAGAAAAGUUCACAAAGCACCCUAAGGAGAUGAGGACAAUUGCUGGAUUUUUACCUAGUAGAACUACAGGAGAUGUUGUCACAUUCUAUUAUAAUUAUAAGCUAACUGAGGAUUUUAAAAAGAUGAAACAUGAUCUGAAAUUAACCAACAAAUACAGAAAGAGAUUUGUGGACGAGGGUAAAAGGAAAGAUACCAAAGACCGUGAGCCUGCUUCUCCAAUGACACCAUCAGAGCCAACAUUUGUUCCAGAAACUCCAGUUAUAGAACCCAAAUCAACAUCCAGCUCUAGAUCUAAAAAAAAGGACGAAGAAGAAAGCCCGAACGAAUGGUCUCAAGUGGAAAUUAACAAGCUCAAAAACUUGAUUACCAAAUUUGGAUCAAACUUUGAGAAAAUUGCACAAAAGCUCAAAACAAAAGACGAGGAGCAAUGUAGACAAUUCUUUGAGGAAAACAAAACCAAGUACAAAUUUGUACUUCCUCCCCCAAAAGAGAAAAAGAAAAAGACAGCAUCUACAACAUCUACGCCUACCGCUUCUCCUACAGUAAGAAAAUCUACAAAGGAGCCUGUGGUAUCAGAAAAGAGAGAAUCUACUCCACUACUUCCUCCAUCGCCUGCAGCAAUUACCAAACCUAACAAGACAAAGAAAAUUUUGAAAGUUGUUUCAAUUUGGACUGUGAGCGAAAGGGAUGCAUUUCUGGAGUAUUUCAGAGAGUAUGGAAGAGAUUGGAAAAAAUUAGCCGAGUUAAUUCCAACUAAAACAGAGACUCAAAUUAGAAGCUUAUUCCUCAAUUAUAAGAUUAAGCUAGGCCUUACUUUGCCAACCAAAAGACGAAAGAAAAAAAGAAGACCUAUUCCUUACGUGGAGACCAAUCCUGAGGUUGCUACUCCAGAUCUUUUCACGCUGUCCGUUCUAGCUUGUGAUGUGCAGGAGAAGGGUUCUCCAUUUGAUGACAUGGAGCAAAGUCCGCUUACUAGUACCAAACCACCAAGAUCUCACUCUUCGUCAUUACAAAUUAGUAACAAUUCACAACUAAGGAGAACAUCGAAAAAAUCACAAAAGAAUUCAGUUUCCACACCUUCCCCAACAACCACCAGCGGCGGUGGAUUCAUGGAUGUGCUGGCCACAGUUAGCUGUCAACAACAACAUGACAACAAUGCCACUGGUCACUAUAUACCAUCUCUUCAAGAUUUAUUACAAUCGCAUCAAUCGUCUUCACAAGUUUCCACUCCUUCCUCAAUUCAACAAGGCGCCCAUCCAAAUAAUGCACCCUCCCCUCCUUAUAUGCCCUACUCGAAUCAACAAGAAGAACAUUCCCAAUUUGCAAGAUCUCAUGCAUUUGCUCAUUCAUUCGACCAUACCCAAGCUUCUACUGCCACAAGUAACAUUCCAGCUUAUAUGAAAACAUCAACAACACCUAGCAAUAAUUUUCAACCAGUUCAGUCCUCCGAAGGAGACAACACUGGAAUGAUUAUGAGAACUCUUUCCAAUCAGGCUGGGUUUUCAACAAACGCUCAUCACCAUGUUGUAAAUGACAUUAACCUUACCUCCAAUGAAGUUCUUACUCCAUUUCAAGCUUUCCCAACACGACUUCAUGGACCACCACUUGACAAUUCCAACAAUGCGGAUGUGACACGCUAUUCGUUUUCACAACCUGAACCUAAAAAGGGAAAUACCUCCGAGAUUGUUCUGGAAGAAGGUGGAUUUGGGUUUGGAGAUUUCACAAAUGCUGGAUAUGAAGGAGGGCAUGCCUCACCGCAUCAUGGCUUGCAUCCUCAAAAUUCGCCCUCUAAUUUUGUAGCCAUGUCACAACAACACAACCGAACAAUACUCAACAACACUUCUCAUCCUCCACCAUCAGAAAUUCACCAUCUUCCACACCACCAUUUUAUGAUGCAUAAUAAUAAUCCAUCAUCACAUCACCAACAAUAA